UGAAAUGUGUAAAUGUGACUAGCAGUGGGUCGACUGAGGACAGAUUAUGGGCCAAGACAAGAAGGGGGGCAGUUUGCCCAAUAAAGAUGCAUUCCAGAGAAUGAACUUUUUGUAUCAGGCAGCACACCAUGCAUUAGCCUCCAACCCAGACAAUGUGGAGAUGGUGCGCUUUUACACUCAUUCUCUGAAGAAUAUAGCAAAGAGGAAAGUGCUAAGAUUAGACCCCAGCCUGAAGAGGACCAUGUGUAAGAGAUGUUCAAUGCUGUUAGUGCCUGGAGUCUCAGCCACAGUGAGAGUGAGAGGAAAGGGGCUGAAGAGAGUCAUUGUCAAGUGUGUGGAGUGCAAGCUGUUGAAGAGGUUUCCUCUUAAGGAGGGCUAUAAACUUUGGUGUGAGCAACCAGAGGCUUGGAUAGACCAAGACAGUGCAAAAACUCCACAGGAAAGAACAUUUACAGCAAGGCCAGGGCAAGAACCUGCCAAAAAAUUGCAGGAAGAAAAACUUGUCCAAGCACAGGGACCUAUAGAAACACAAACACUAUUACCUCAGUUGGAUGAGACCAAUAAAAGGCAAAAUGAUACAAAUAGGGAUGGUGAGAAUGGUAGGACUAAUGUGGAAAGAGGACAGGGAGAUGUAGGUGAAAGUUAGCACAACUGGCAGCUUCACUAGUGUUUUUUUUCUCCCUUUUGUGUUCGUCUUAUGUUUGCCUUUAUUUGCCUUUAAUCAGUUCAACAUGAUGAGCUUCAAGUCACUAUCAGCUAAUGAUGUUGAACUGAUUAAAGGCAAAUAAUGAACUUUACAGAGAAUGAAAUGGUUUCAUAAUGAGACCUAUUGCCACUUUGUUUAAUAACUUACUGUAAUGGAAAUUCCUGGCAAUUGUAUAUUGGUGUAAGGAUGUUUAUUCAGCAACUUAAAAGUGUCAUUUAAGUCAGUUUCACAUCACAAUGUUUAUAUAAGAAAAUAACAAAUGCUUGCAAUCAUUGUAAAAUUCAAUAAUUUAUUAAAAGUAUACUAGUUAUAAGCAGUAAUGUGACAGAUGAUUUAUAAAUUAACUCAACAAUUAAAUAAAUAUUUUUUCUCAA